AUGGCAUUGGGUGCCAGCAUUAGAGGGUUUCAGUCAAUCACAAGGCGUGUAAUUAUGGUUGAUGGCACACAUUUGAAGGGGAAGUUCAAAGGAGUGCUACUAAUAGGUGUCGCCAUGGACGGGAAUAAUCAAAUAUAUCCACUUGCAUUCGCGAUUGUAGACAACGAAAGCGAUGCAUCGUGGAAGUGGUUUAUGAAGAACUUGAAGGACAUGAUCGGAGACCAACAAGAACUUGUAUUCAUAUCUGAUCGACAUGUAAGUAUUACCAAUGCAACAAGUGAGAUAUUCCCGGAUGCAUUCCAUGCUAUAUGCACUUAUCAACUAGGGAACAACAUAAAGUCUCGAUUCAAGAAUGCUGCAUUUUACAAAUUGUAUCAGGAUGCAGCGUAUGCGUAUCGGAAGUCACAGUUCACGUACUACUGGAACCAGAUACUGUCGAUUGGAUCGGGUUCACUUGCCAAAUACUUACAAGAAAUUGGGAUAGAACGGUGGGCCCGAUGCUAUCAAGUUGGUAGAAGAUAUGAAAACAUGACGACAAACAGCGCUGAGUCGGUAAAUGCCAUCCUUCGAGAGGCUAGAGAGUUACCAAUCACUAAGAUUUUCGAGUUCAUCCGCGAAUUGCUAUAG